UCGGGUACAGGAAGACUAACCUAUCCGAACUGAAACUGGAACCGGUGGCAGGCAAAUCUAUCCUCUUCUCUUUAACGCUUAAAUUCAAUGAGCAAUCAAGCAAUCCAGGAAUCAAAUAUUAUCGAAACCGCAGUACAAGAUAAUCUAACCCAGGAACCAGAAUCAAAACCAGUUCAAGUUUUUUACCAAAAUCAAGUUGCUGAUGAAGAGUUGCAUAAGCUCCUCUUACCUGACGUCCGCGAUCUUCCUCUCGCUCCACCCUCUUCAAUUGAGACCAACUUCGUCUCUUAUGUUGCUCCAGAUUUUAUAAAGCCAGGACACGACCAGUACGUUUAUCGCCAUGCCAAUGGUUUGUGUGUGAUCGGACUGGCUCCUACCCAUGUGGCUUUUAAGGAUGGAAGAGGAAUCACGGCCGUUGAUUUUAAUGUUGGCAAGUCCGAUCGGAGUGGCAUGAAGGUCACCGGAAAGCGCAAAAAGAAUGCACAACACUUUGAAUCCAACACAGCUUUGUGUAAAGUUUGCACUCAGGAUUCUUCCUACAUUGUUAGAUGUUGUGUUAAAGGCUCACUGUUGGAAGUAAAUGAUAAGCUAAUCAAACAGCCGGAAUUGCUUAAUUCUUCGGCAGAUAGAGAAGGAUACAUUGCUAUUAUAAUGCCAAAGCCAGCAGAUUGGCUGAAGACCAAGGCUUCGUUACUGAGCCUUGAAGAAUACAAGAAAAUGAGAGAAAGUAGGUGACUAUUGUGACACUUGGAUCAAUUUCUGGCCUUGGUGAAAAACCAGAAACAUAGAUGCAUUCACAGGAGAAUCUCUAACCCGUCAUCAGCAAUUAGAAUGGCUUUUCUCUGAACCUCUGUUGGGGAAGGGUGGAUUACAAUGCUUUCCCAUUUUUAUGUUGUGUUAAAUUAAUUUUUAUCAAAUUUUACCAUUAAUAGAAUAGGAACAAUAAUUUAAGUACUUAAAUUAUGUUUCUUUGGGUCUUCUAAUUGGCUUGUCCAGAUUGUACAGAGUUUUCAGAUGGGUACUUGAAUUUCUUAUGUUAGAAAAUUUUGGGCUUUUUGCUUUUCCAA